CGGGACGCGGCGGCGGCACUCGCGCUCCUUUGUGCUCCGGAGGUGGCUUCUCGGGUGCUCGCCGCGCGUCCUCUCCCUCUCGGUCGGGUAGCCCGAGCUCUCCGGUGGCGGACCAUGUCGACGGCAGGAACGGGCGCAGGCGUGGAGGCGGGCUUCUCCAGCGAGGAGCUGCUGUCGCUCCGCUUCCCGCUGCACCGCGCCUGCCGCGACGGGGACCUUGCCGCGCUCUGCUCGCUGUUGCAGCAGACGCCGCGCGCCCACCUGGCCGCCGAGGACUCCUUCUACGGCUGGACGCCCGUGCACUGGGCCGCGCACUUCGGCAAGCUGGAGUGCCUGAUCCAGUUGGUUAGAGCCGGGGCCACGCUGGACGUUUCCACGACGCGCUAUGCACAGACCCCUGCCCACAUCGCUGCUUUCGGGGGACACCCCCAGUGCCUCCUCUGGUUGAUCCAAGCCGGAGCCAGCAUUAACAAACCGGACUGUGAGGGCGAGACCCCCAUUCACAAGGCGGCCCGCUCCGGGAGCCUGGACUGCGUCAGUGCCCUGGUGGCCAAUGGGGCCCACAUCGAUUCACAAUGGGCCAGAUUAUUAAUUCUUCAUAUUCCACGCUGUAAUGGGAACCUUUCCUUUUCCUGUGAAGAAAUCGAAAGCUGUCUCCUAUCAGUAUUUUGUCACACUUGGUGCCUGAGGAACGCCAGUGGCCUGACAGCAGCAGACAUUGCUCAAACCCAGGGUUUCCAAGAGUGCACCCAGUUUCUCUUGAACCUGCAGAACUGUCACCUGAGCCGUUUCUAUGAUAACGGCCCCAUAAACGGGGGCCAUCAGAGCCGAUUCCCUAAUCAUACUAGUGCGGGAGCCAAUCGCAAGAGAUGCUUGGAAGAUCCGGAGCCCUUUGGAGUGAAGAAGGCUCGAACCGAAGCUCGGAGCUCGGGUCCCUGCACGCCGCUGGGGAACAGCGACGCGGAUGACGAAGCUGACAAAAUGCUGGUCGACCGAGAGCUCACGGCUGUCACAGGUGGGAGUGGACAGUUCCCUGUUAGCUGUGGCAGCAGCCCCAUGGUCGAAGACACCAGACAGCAGGAGGGUGGUUCUGUCGGACCCAGAGAAAUAGAAGUAUACACGGUCUCAGCGAUGCAAACGCCUUGUCGCUGCAGGAACCAGUAUAUGAAAAACAGUAGCCCCGCGUCGGAUACAUUGGCAAAUGGAUGUGUCAUCAAUGGACAUUUGGACUUCCCCUCCACGACACAGCUCAAUGGGACGGAGAGCAGGAGUGACCAGAGCUUAUCAGGAGCUAAUAGUUUUAGCAGUGGCUUAGUUCAAGGACGGCCUUUUCCGAGUAGCCAGGGUUCGCUUUGUGUCAAUGGGACCGAGGAACCGGAAAAGACCGUGAGCGCUAACGCCGAGAUGUGCGGCUCUCUGCACCUGAACGGGAGCCCGAGUAGCUGCGUGGCUAAUAGACCUUCCUGGGUGGAGGGCAUUGAGGAGAACCUGCACUACGGGCAUUACCAUGGGUUUGGGGACACCGCUGAAAGCAUCCCCGAGCUUAGUAGCGUGGCGGAACACCCCAGCUCCGCGAAGGGGGCAGAGAGACACGGCGGUGCCGCCCUGGGGGCCAUGCACCUGUACCACGGCUCGUAGAGACCGGCAGCCUGACCGUGCGGACGCGCCCAUCCCUCCUAGUAGCCGACUAUGAAUACUCAUGGAGCGCCCAUUUGAGGGACUGU